UAAAUGGAAGAAAAACCGCUACGCAAUACUGAGCACCUCCGAAGGUGAGAACAGUAACACUGUUACCAAAUGUAGACAGACGGCCUCGGCUGCACGGUAAUAUAGUUGCGACUGAGAUGCCAAGAAUGAGAUAACACAUCGUUAGUCGCCUUCACCUGCCCAUGGUUGGGACAUCUUGGUGAAAAAAUGGAAAAGCCACCAAGAUUACUGACAUCCCAGCUUUUACUGAAAAACAGGGUCUUUGAAGUCACGUUAAACCGUGUGCUACUGACAUGGAAGGAGCUACAGACCAAGAAAAAACGAGUCUCGGGGAAAAUACACAAUACGUUCAAAGCCGGCAGCUACAGCGUGCCCGUGUCUGAAAUCAUAGCAGUUCGAGAGACCGAGGUGGACAGCCGGACCAAAGAUGACGGGAGAUGGCAGAAGAUGUCCCAGAAGCCAUCGGAGGCGUACCCAUAUGCGUUUACAGUGUCCUGUGUGGAGAGGGCGAGUCGGCACCGCUGGCGGUGCGGUGACGUCACCUUCCACUGCACUGACGGGCUGGUGUGUCAGCAGUGGGUCCAAACCAUCAGGGAGCAGCUCUCACUACUGACCUGCAGACCCAAGCACUUGCUGGUGUAUAUUAAUCCCUACGGAGGGAAACAACAGGGGAAGCGGAUUUACGAGGAGAAAGUGGCCCCGCUCUUCUCCCGCGCCUCCGUAUCCACCGACGUGAUUGUUACGGAGCAUGCAAAUCACGCCAGGGAGCACUUGAAGACGGAAGCCGACCUGAAGAAGUACGACGGCGUGGUGUGCGUGGGCGGGGACGGCAUGUUCAGCGAGAUCAUCCACGGCCUGGUCACGCGCACGCAGCGGGACUGCGGGGUGGACCAGGACAGCGCCGAGGAGAGGCUGGUGCCCUGCGGGCUUCGGAUCGGCAUCAUUCCCGCGGGGUCAACGGACUGCAUUUGCUACGCCACCGUGGGCAUCAACGACCCCGUGACCUCGGCCUUGCACAUCAUCGUGGGGGACUCCCAGCCUCUGGACGUCUGCUCAGUGCACCACAACAACACCUUCCUGAGGUACUCCGUCUCCUUGCUGGGUUACGGUUUCUACGGCGACGUGCUGGCGGACAGCGAGAGGAAGCGGUGGAUGGGGCCGGCCAGAUACGACUUUUCAGGUGUGAAGACGUUUCUGACACACAACUACUAUGAAGGAACGGUGUCGUUUCUGCCAGCGACCGACAUCUUGGGGAGCCCCAGAGACAAGACUAUGUGCACAACUGGGUGCUACGUGUGCCAGCGCAACGGGCAGCUCCUCUCAGAGGCCAAUCAGGACUACAGGGUAGAGGAGGACUCGUCCGACAGCGAGUGUGACGGAGACUGGCGGGUGAUUCGGGGGAAGUUCCUGGCCAUUAACGCUGCCAGCAUGAGCUGUGCCUGCCCCCGCAGCCCCAAGGGCCUGUCCCCCUCCGCCCACCUCGCCGACGGCACCACCGACCUCAUCCUCGUCCGCAAGUGUUCCCGGAUCAACUUCCUGCGCCACCUCCUACGCCACACCAGCAAGGACGACCAGUUCGACCUGGACUUCGUGGAGGUGCACCGCGUGCGCAAGUUCCGCUUCACGCCGCGGCAUUGCGAGAGCGACACCGACCUGCAGCUGGACCUGAGGGAGGGCGGGGCCGGGAAGAGGCUGUUCAGCCAGAUCUGCAGGGACCACCCGGCCUGUGGCUGCACCCCUGUCUACAGCAGCUGGAACUGCGACGGGGAGAUCCUGCCCCAUGCCGCCAUCCAAGUGGGAGUGCACAGUCAGCUGAUCCGGCUCUUCGCCCGAGGGAUCGAGGAGAAGCCCGUUUUCGAGGACGGCGGCGUGCCCUGCAUCGCGUAGCUGCCGCCCCCCCACCCCCUCUCCCCUGAGUCCGACACACUGAGAGAGAGAGAGAGCCCUGCUGGAUUAUACAGGGAUCAGAGGUCACGUCGGUGGCGCCCCGCCGCUGCCACGCUGUCCCACACGCUGUUACCUGACCUGAUUUAGUUGCUGUUCAGCUGCGGUGUGACCGACCCUCACUUUGACUUCUGUGUUUAUGUGCUGUAAGUCACAGGCAGCAGUGGCAGGUGUCUGGUACACUUGAAUUAGGAUGCUUAGUUAUCCUCCAAACACUGUAGAGAAGGAAACCUGAUGGAACUCAACACAGCUGUGGUUGUCUUCAGGAAUCAUGACUGAAAAUUUACCAGAAAAGCGUUGCUCCUUCAUAUGCACUACACAAACAUUCAUAAACGGCUAUGGGGAAGUGACCUAGACUGCCACAGGUUGUGCUCCGUUUCUGUCCGCGUCACAAGUGACAUUGGCUUCACAGCGGGAAUGUCAGCUGUUGAGCGAGCUUAUGAAUGUACAUGCAGUUCCUAUGCAGGGCGUGACAUAGACGUGUUUUUUCUCUCCUUUUUUACCUUCAGUCCCAGUAGCUGAGCUGAUGUUCCUUGCUUUUAAAGAAUUAAGAGUGAAGAAUGAAGGACUGUCAUUGUUAGAAGGAUAGAGGUGCUGCCGAAAGUUACCAUCGUUUCCUUCAUCUUGUACCCUCUUGCACCAGUUUGAGCAGGCGGCCUUUUAUUUGACUGUUACAAUAUCAGAUAAUAUAAUGUUAGCGUUCUUAUUCUUGUAACACUGAAAAUAAAGAUUUACCAUUAAAGGAUAUGCAGAAUUCUUAGCUUGUGGGAUACUUUGUGAAAAAUGUGACAUGUGACUUGUGACAAACAGGACGGUUUCUAAUAAAUCUGAAAAUAAAAAAAGUCCAUCUCAACAUGGUCCGUACACAUCAUAUUUCAAUACCAAAAUGAACAAAGAUUCCACUGACAGUCACCCAAUAGAAGAGCAAUGAACGCUCU